CAGAACCGAAAGUUCAUGAAUAUAAAUUUCAUUUAUCCAAAAUUGAAUUAGCACCCGAUGGUUUUAAAAGAUUGGUUUCAGCAGUUAACGGACAAUAUCCCGGACCACCAAUUAAAGUACAUAGAGGAGAUCGAUUAAAAGUUCAUAUAGAUAAUUGUCUAGGAGAAGAAACUGCUAUACAUUUUCAUGGAAUUUUUCAAUAUAAUACUCCUUUUCACGAUGGUGUGGUAGCUCAAACUCAAAAAGCUAUUCCCGAUAAAUGUACUUAUACCUAUGAUUUUAAAAUUGAUCAUCAAAGUCAAUAUAUGGAUGGAGUUCUCGGACCUCUCAUAGUUUAUGAUGAACAUGAUAAAAAAAUUUAUGGCUAUGAUAAUGAUAUGAUCGUACUUGUUACGGAUUGGUAUCAUGACCAUGCUGCAAAAUUAUUUAAAUGGUACUUGUCACCAGACAGCAAAGGAGAAGAGCCUAUUCCAAAUAAUGCAUUAAUAAAUGGAAAAAACAGUUAUAAUUGUGACUGGGCUCCUAAAGGAUCAAAAUGUGAAUGUAAUAUAAUAGAAGUUGAAGGGACUAAAACUAAACCAUAUUGUGUUAAUCAAUUACCAGUAAACGUCGCUCAAAGAUAUUCAGUUAUCGUAGAAGCUAAUCAACCUUGUUCAAAUUAUUGGAUGCGAAUUAAGUUUCAAAAAUGGGAACAACAUUAUAAACUUGCCUUAGAUAAUAAAGCUAUUAUAAGUUAUGAAGGAUCAAGUCACGAAUAUCCCACUACUUCUUGUUGGACUGAUAAAGUUGAAAAAUAUUUGGAAUUUUAUUUAAAACCUUUAGUUCCUUCCGUCCCUCCGAAGUGGGAUAAAAUACUUGUUUUUGAAGUUGAUUUUAAGAAAGAUUCUAAAGGAUUCACUAGAUCUUAUGUGAAUGGUUCUACAUAUAUAGCUGAUGAGAAAUAUCCAACUUUGCAAAAAGUGUAUGACGGUGUUAAAGAAUUUGCUAGAUGUGAAAAUAUUUAUCAACUUCAUAAAAAAGGUGAAAUUAUUGAUGUAGUAUUUAUAAAUGAUGGAAAAUUUGAGCAUUGGUUUAAGGAUUUGAAUACUUGUGAUCCUGUUCAAAGAGAUACAUCAACAUUGCCUAAAAAAGGAUUUUGUGUAGAUAAUCCUGGUAUUUGGAGUGUCCAUUGUCACAUAGAGUGGCAUCUUGGAGCUGGUUUAUUGGUUCAAUUUGUAGAAUUACCUGAAAAAAUUAAAGAACUUAAAGCUCCAAAAUCCUGGUGGGAUUUGGCUCAUAAAUAG